AUGGUCAUGCUGUCCACUGGAACGGCCUCGGCGGCAACGUUGUCUGCCUCCUUUGUCAAGGCAGAGCUGAAGGUGGGCAGCAAGCUGCAAGACUACCCGGAUUACUACAGGGUCAUGAAAGCAACUGAUGGGACCUCGGUGGCACUCUCCAAGUUUGAAGGGAAGAGCCCUGUAGUGGUCUUCUUCUAUCCAAAGGCAGCAACACCCGGGUGCACAAAGGAGGCAUGCGCCUUCAGGGAUGCAUAUGGCAAGUUCAAGGACGCCGGAGCCCAGGUCUUUGGCGUCAGCUCAGAUGGCGUUCAGGCCAACAGCGAGUUUGCCAAGGCUCAGAGGCUACCGUACCCCUUGUUGACAGACCAGAGCGAGUUCCUGCGCAAGUCCUUUGGCAUCAAGGGAGAUCUGCUGGGCUUGUUGCCUGGCAGGCAGACAUACGUCAUCGACAAGAGCGGCAAGGUUGCUCUGUCCUUCAAUGACCAGUUCAAUCCCGAGAAGCAUGUGGAGGAGGCUCUCAAGGUCAUCAAGACACUGGUGUGA